AUGCCAUCCAUAGUCAACCUCAAGUUCAAGGGUAACAAGUCGUUUGUUGCUUUUAGCAACUUGAGCGACACCGAGUCGCUCACUAAAACGUGGAAGGUAUGCACGAAAGUAGCGUCCUAUCUCGAGCAGGGCCAACGCCUCGAGAAUUUAUCUUGGCGUCUCUGGCACCUCCAGAACCUCAUGGUCGAUACCGACAAUGCCAAAUCCAAGCGUGAGUUCAAGAAACUCUCCAAGAACAUGGGCGACAAACUCGACAAGGAAAAGGGCCGCGCUAUAGAAUCUCUCGAAGCACCUGAUUUUAAACGUAAUGCAUCGACCGAUCUCAUCCGUCAACGAGCAGUCGAACGCGAACGCUCCCGAGAGGCUUCCCAGAACGCUCGUCCCGGAACCAUUAAAAGAAUGCAAUUUACUUUCAGCGUUGACGCUCCCCCCGGCUCUUUCCCUGCAACUUCUUCUUCUUCCUUUACCUUCUCUGGUGAAGGAUCUACCCCCACGAAGCCUGACCUGAGGCCUAGCGCCGAAUUCAGGGAGGGUCGCAGGCGCAGGCGAGGUGACCCUUCCUCUGGCACCAACCAUGGCUCGUCCGACGCCGCCUCUACGUCUAACACAAACGACAACGCUUCUUCCUCGAUGAACGACCCGUCUUAUGAACGAUUCGUCGCCUCCUACGAAAAACUUCACUUCCCCCCCAUUUUCAGCACUUCCUUCGGCCCCACUGCCCUCCUUUACUCCACCCCCACCCUCACUAACCCUAUGAGUUACGGGGAAGGCGUAAGCGGUGGCUGCGCUACCGGCUUCAGCAUCUUUCGUCCUACUAUCGAACUCCCCUUGGACGAGCUUCUUGAGGGAGACGAGUUCGACGGUGAAGACGAUCAAAUGGCUGAAGCACCCCUUACUUACCCCGAGGACACCAAAGAAGACGGAAACGACCAGGGCGAUGUCGACAUGCGCUGUGACGAGUACAACGCCGUCCCUACCCAAUCCGAGGGUAGUUUCCUCCUUGAUGCGUCCACCGCCGCCGCUUCUUCUGACCAGCCUCAAGAUGUCCUCAUGAGCGACUCCCGCCAGCCGCAACCACAACAACCUACCCCUGACCCAUUCCCCCAAGUCCCUCAGCUUCCCUCCCACUCGCACACUCACGCCCAAUCCCACCCGCGCACACGCGCCAAGGACCGCUCCGGCAAGAACACUCCUACUCACCGCCCGGUACUUACUGUGCAGACUUCUGCUACGAAGAAGACUGGUAAAGCAGGACGGCGUGCCUCUACGAGUGUGAAGAGUCCUGCGUCUGCUGCUACAGCCCCGUCCGCGGUCAAGCACACCGCUGCCGCGACGGUGAAACCCGUUGCUGCUGCUACGGCAGCUGCUUCCGCUGGCCUCAACCCGUCUCUCCUCACCCUUGGAGGCACCGCGCCUGCAGGCGGGAAAGCAACGCUCACUGCACCCGGUGGCGUGAAAGCCGAGUGCAGCAACUGUGGUGCUACUCAUACUCCGUUGUGGAGGAGGGGUCUGAACGACGAGUUGAAUUGUAACGCAUGCGGUCUUUACUGCAAAUUGCAUAAACGCCCCCGCCCAAAGUCUAUGCGCGGGAGUCACGGUGAGGGACGACGCGGUGGGGCAUCGUCCCUUGCUUCUGCUUUGUCUGCGCUUGCCUCUGCUGCGCUGCCUUCUUCUUCGGCGACGCCUAUUGGGGAGGUGGUCAGUCCUGCUGCGAGUACAGUCACUGCAAGCAGCGCGCAGUGCUACAACUGUCAUACGACUGCAACGCCUCUGUGGAGGAAAGAUGACGAAGGGAAGACCGUAUGUAACGCAUGCGGUCUUUACUAUAAACUUCACGGCUCCGCACGCCCAAUUAGCAUGAAGUCCGACAUCAUUCGGAAACGUUCUCGACAUGAUGCACGAGCGCAACGCUCUUCCCUCACCGAACUCCCUAAUGCCAACACGCCAGGCGUCUCACGCCGCCCCACGCCGUCGCCGUCGCCGAUCUUGGCGCCGGACAGCACGACGCAGCCCGUUGCCUCGCACAGCAUGAGUGCGGGGAUGGGCGCAGGCGCAGGGAUGGUGGGUACGGGUAUGGGAGGGAGCAGUGAGUUGAUGGGCGCGCUGGGAGACACCUAUGCGGUGUAUAACCCCUUCCCCGGACCUUACCACCCUGACUAUCUCAGUCAAAACUGGGUGCCGCCUAGCAUGGCGGGCGUCAGUGCUGGUUCGAACGAGGCUUUACCGUUUGCUGGCGUCGAUAGCGUCGAUGGAGAAGCGACCUCUAACUCGUCUUCGUCCAACGCCUCUCCCAAAACCAGCAACGCUAACAACGGGAGCAAUGUUAGUACUACUUCGAAUGCAAAUGCCAAUACAACUGCGACCGGUCGUACUGCUAAACGUCGUCGCAUGAGCACUGACAGCGUGUCAGAGCCACCGAGUAGCGCGGUGUCAUACUCCUCCUAUGGAGGAGACAGUUUCACGACGGGGUCGGGCGCAACCAGCGCUGGGGCUUCUUCGUCCUCGCGACGAAGCAGCAUGGACUUCCCGUUCUUCAGUCCCUACACUGUCUUCCGAGGCAACGGUAACAACGCAUUUUGGCACCACUCGAGCGGCGGCGCAGAACGUAGCCCACAGUUUGUGCAUCCCCCGAUGUUGCCCGAGGCCGCUGGAGCGUCGGAUGGGCAUGCGCAUGGACAUGGACAUGGACAUGGGCGUGGGCACGGACAUGGUAUGGAUUUCCUGCACCCGCCGAUGAUGCUUCCGCAGGAAGAAGAGAGUUUGUUCGCGACGUAUUUGCAUCCGCCGAUGAUUCUCCCGCAGGAGGGUGAGCAGGUGCAGCAUGGGUACGAGUAUGGGCAGGGGGAGUACUAUGAGACGGGUGGGAUGCAGCAGUAUUAG